AUGAACAAUUUGAGUAGAAGGAAGGAUAUUAAAAGACAUAUCAAAUCUUUGAAUCCUAGUCUUAUUGGUUUGUUGGAGACCAAAGUAAAACCUGCAAAGUCUUACAGAGUGUCCAAAUGUUUCCCUCCUCACUGGUCAUACUGUAACAAUUAUACUGCUUCUAGUAGAGGAAGAAUUUGGGUAGCUUGGGAUGCAGAGGUCUGGAAUGGUACAAUUUUAUCUGUCACUUUACAACAGAUAACAAUAAUGCUACAAAAUAAUGGUGGUCUCAAUCUAAUGUUGAGUGUCAUUUAUGGAGAAAAUUCAGAAACAUUAAGAUCUACUUUAUGGGAUGAUAUUACUGAUAUUCACUCUCAAAUUAACACAAUGCCGUGGCUUUUAGUGGGGGACUUCAAUGUUUGUAGAUACACAUCAGAGAAAAUUGGAGGAAGGAAGCUUACUGCAAGGAAUCUGAAAGAUUUCAAUGAUUGUAUACAGAAAUGUGGACUGUCUGAUAUCAAAAGUUCUGGUUCAUCUUGGACAUGGCAUAAUAAGCAACAAGGUAGAUACAGAAUAUAUGGUAAGUUGGAUAGGGCCCUGAGCAACUCUUUUUUGAUAGAUAAGUUUCCUCAAAUGUUUAUAGAAUAUAAAUGCACCUCUUCUAGUGAUCAUACUCCAGCCCUUGUCCAUCUUAUGCACAGCACUAGUUCAGGGCCAAAGCCAUUCAGAUUUUUUAACUACUGGACUCAAUGUCAGGGUUAUGAAGAUGUGGUCAAAAGUGUCUGGAACAUUUUAAAAGCAGGUACUCCAAUGUUCAAGUUGGUUUCUAAACUAAAGGAAUUAAAAUCUGCUCUAAAAAUUUGGUCAAAACAGCCAGGCAUUUCAACAAAGGAAAAUAUUAUAAAGUUGUCAAAACAGUUGGAGCACAUCCAGAAUGAGCUCAAUAAAGACAUGGAAAAUGAGAGCUUGCAAUCUACUGAAUUAGCAUUAUGUUUCGAGCUAGAUGGAUGGUUAAGCAAGGAGGAGGAUGAGAUGAGGCAAAAGAGUAGACAAUCAUGGCUACAACAAGGGGAUAGAAAUACUCAGUUCUUUUAUAAUGCUAUCAAACAAAGAAUAUCUAUGAAUAGCAUACGACAACUGAUUGACAAAGAUGGUUCUCCUAUCUCUUCUAUUGACCAAAUUAAAGUCAUGGCCCCAAAAUUUUAUGAAGGGUUAUUCAAUCAAACAUCAUAUUGGAGUAUUUUCCCUAAACUGACAGUUAAGAGAAUUCUAACUGAUGAAGCAAAACAAUACAACUGA